AGCUAUUUGGGGAUGUUACGUUAUUUUAUAAUGCUGGGAAUCUCCACAUGCAAGAACACGUUUGUAUGACCGGUUUUUCUGCUUGGAUUGCAUGUAAAUGGGAGGUGCCUUGAAACAGCUCAACCUGUCAGACCUGCUCCACCCUGGCUCUGGCCUUCUCUUGGAUUCUUACACAAGAAACCACUUAUUCCCAAUGGCUUCAGCUUGGCCAGAAGAGGAGACUUUUACCUGUUCUGUAUGUUUGGAAAUCCUGAAAGACCCUGCUACUCUGCCAUGCGGUCACUCUUACUGCUUGGUCUGUAUCCAAAACCACUGGGACAAGAAGGACAGCCAGGGACAAUACAGUUGUCCACAAUGCAGGCAAGUCUUCAACCCACGACCAUCACUGGCUAAAAGCACUCUUCUGGCGGAGGCAAUGGAGAAAUUAAGAACCAGCAGUCUCAAGCAAAAGGAGCCAUCUUCUGCUCCUCCAUCUUUACCUGUUUACAUGGAGGUCCUACCAGGAGAAGGGCCGCAGCCUGGAUGUGUCUACCCCCAGCUGCCACUCACUGUUGCCCCCCGAAUGUGCCCUCAGCAUAACCAGCCCCUGGACCUGUUCUGCCACGAGGAUAGAGAGUGUGUGUGUGCGUUGUGUCGUCAGUAUGGACACAUGGGACAUCGAGUGGUCAAACCUGGAGAGGAGAGGAAACAGAGACAGGAAGAACUUGUCCAAAUGCAGCAAGAAGUUCAACGUCGUGUUCAACAGAUAGAACGGACUCUGAAGGAGAUACCACAUGUCACCAAACAACACAAGGCCCUGGUCCAAGCGUUACAGAGUGAGAGCACAGAUCUCUUCUCAGACCUGAUCAAAGCGGUGAACGGGACAGGGAUCCAGGUGGGGGAGGAGCUCAGUGCCCACGAGGCGUCUCUGGGCACCCGGGUGGAGGGCAGGGUGCAGCGGCUGGAACAGGAGGUCGCCCGGCUCCAUUGGAGGAGUGAGGAGCUGCAGAGGCUGGCUGAUAUGCAGGACCACGUCUGCUUUCUCAAGAACUUCUUCCUGAUGGAGCCGCUGGGCCAGACUGAAGCUGAUCCUGGUCUUGGACACCAGGAGGCAGUAGUGAGCUCAGUUCGUUCAACCCUCAGAGAACUACAAGUGUCCAUCGAAAACCAGUGUAAAGCUGCCCUCACUAAGAUCCAAGCUUUAGUGAAUGAUGAAGCUCCAGCGCCAGAAACCAACGAUGAACCAGCAGCAGUUCCCAAUGAGACACAGAACACAGUUUAUGAAACAGUCCUUCCUGAUUGCGUGGCACCUAUGGCUCCUCAAGUUGAAGCCUCAGCACCUCCUCCUCCGCUCCCUCCUCCACGGCUUCCAGUAGUUCCAAGUGUAUGUGCCAUGGGGCCUGUAAACCACGAACCCAAGACCAGAGAUGAAAUGCUGAAAUACCGGUUUGUUCCCACACUGGAUCCCAACACUGCGUAUCGUCAUGUCCAGAUCUCAGAUGGGGGUCGGAAAGCCACACUGAAAGCUGAAAACAUGAACUACCCUGAACGUCCAGAGCGCUUCCAGUUUUGGAGGCAGGUUCUGUGCAGCGAGGCGCUGGGAGGCAGCCCAUACUACUGGGAGGUGGAGUGGACUGGGACCAAAGUGACUGUCGGUGUGGCCUAUAAGGAGAUGGAGCGUGGGAGUUCUGAUGACAGCAGCAGACUGGGGCAUAACCCGGAGUCCUGGAGCCUGUACUGGUCUGGCUCUGGCUUUUCCUUUUGGCACAAUAACCAGGAGAAACUUCUGGGCUCUCCCAAAGCAAAGCGGCUCGGGGUAUAUCUGGACCAGCACACGGGGGUCCUGGCCUUUUACAGGGUCACCAAAAACCAGGCUGAUCUCAUCCACAAGCACAAGACGGACUUCAGCGGACCACUGUACCCGGGGUUUAGGUUCUGGGCCGGGAUAGGGUCUGCCAUCACCAUCUGUGACCUGGAAUAAGACAAAUCUACCGAGUCAUGUUUACAUCAUCACAAUGUCUUAAUCUAAUACACUUAAUAAAUAGAUAACCUGA